AAGCGUUUUGAUUGGUCCACGUGAUCAUAUUGACAGACGAACGAAUGACCGGAUCUGUGAUUAGUUUGAUCAACUGCCUGAGGCGAUUCACCAAGGCAAUAUUCUCGACGAUACAUACACAAGAAGGAAGGUGUGAUCUGCACUGUGACGCACUGACAGUCCUCGCGUGAUUGAAUCUGUCCCCUUUUGCGGUAUCUCGUGCACUGUCAGAUAAAGAAUGAGUGAUUGAUCAAAAGCUCUCAACAGAUCAAUUUUCUCAUCAGAACCAUUCACACCUCCAUAAUAGAAUACACCCACGUAGUGUAUAGAAUACACCCAUAUAGUGUAUAGAAUACACCCAUAUAGUGUAUAGAGUACACCCAUAUAGUGUAUAGAGUACACCCAUAUAGUGUAUAAUAUAGAAUACACCCUCUGUGUAAAAGCAUCAGGCUGCAAUUUUACACUCCCCAGCAUUAAACCAUCACUUAGCAACCCCCACCUAAACUUUUACUGUUUCAUUUCACCUAAAUACAGUUACAGUGUCAAUAUUUAUGUACUGACUUCAUAAUGUCUGGAAAUAUCUUCUGUAUCACACUUGCAGUAUCUGGAAGGUCAAUUUGUAGAAAUUGUAACAAGUAUAUUGAAAAGAAAACAUUAAGAAUUGGGAAAGAUAUUCCUAACCCAUGUGACGAUAACGACGAGGGCUGGGGUGAUGUGACUCUAUGGUACCACCCUGCCUGCAUGUUCAAAGAGUUUGACCAGGAGAAGGCAAAGGAGAGGAAGAUCAAGGCACCGGAGGAUUUAUUCGGAUUUAAAGAACUAAAACAGGGUGAAAAGGACACCAUUCUGGGAUUCAUUAAUGAUGCUAAUAUGAAGAGGGAGGACAACUCUCUCUGUCAGUUCCGUUCUCUCUGUACCAGGAUAUCUGAAGAAAAGAGCGGCGCUGGCAAGACCGCUGUUGUGUCUGACUACCUCAAGAAUGGAAACAGUGGCACCGGCUUCAAGGGCGAUGUCCACAUGUUGAUGAAGUGGCUGUUGCCAGGCGUUGUCAAGACCAGUUUUAAUCUCGACGACAAACUACUUGUCAAGCUAUUCAGUCAAAUUUUUGGUACAAAUCAGAAGGCGAUGGAGGAGGAUCUUGACCAGGGAGAUGUGUCCAGGACAGUCAAGGUGUGUUUUGAGAAAAGCAAAAAUGUGACACCAUUGAAGGAGAGUAUGGUGUCCUUGAGAGAGAUCAAUGGCCUCCUCACUUCACUGUCUCAGUCUACCACGGAGGAAGGAAUGCUCAAGAUGCUGUCCAAAAUUAUCAAGAGAUGUACCAGCGAUGAUCUGAUGAUGGUGGUUCGCGUCAUCAAACACGACCUUGGCAUCAACGCGAAGGAAAAACAUCUAUUAAAUGGCCUUCACCCAAAUGCAUAUCAAGCCUUCCAGAUUUCUGAGGACCUGAAGCAUGUUGUGAAGAGGGUUCAAGCCAACACACUGGAGAGCAUGCCAGGCUUGAAGGAGAAGAAGACAGGAAACGGCGACAGUGACGACAGUGACAGCAUGGACGACCUGAAGAAGACACCGGUCAAGAGACCAGCAGGGGAUGAGGGACUGACCACAUCCGCCAAGAAGAGUAAACCAGAAUGCAAGACGGCCCCAGCAGCCAGCCCCUCCAACGUAUCGGCCAACAUCUUCACAGGCUGCAAAAUAUUCCUGCCAGAAAACACUGACAGCUUCAAGGAGCUCAAGCAGUAUAUUAUAGAUUUUGACGGUGAAGUGUUGUCCGAGGCCAGCAAGAGAUCAGCUACACAUAUUGUGUCUUCUAAAGGAAAGAUGAGCACAGCGAGUGGCAAGGUCAAGGUCGUGACCCCUGAUUGGCUGUGGCACUCGAUCAAGAAGAAACAGCUUGCAUCCACUGAAGAGUACAAGCCCUGACCAUGCACAUUCAGACUUUUAUCAUGUUUUACAUAUAACAAAUCUUAAUAAUACAUGUGUUGGCCCUGACCAUGCACAUUCAGACUUUUAUCAUGUUUUACAUAUAACAAAUCUUAAUAAUACAUGUGUUGGCCAGAGCUUAUUCAGUUGACACAUGCAGUGGCUUCAAAGGUCACAAUAUUGCUAAAUAAUACUCACCCGAUGAAGAUACCACUGUUUAAUAACAAUAAGCUGGUAUUACACAGUGUUUAAUACCAACACACAUGCUUAUGUACUGCGGGAACGAGUUUCACCAUAAAAUCUAUUUUAUGGUCUUUUGUUUCACUAACGAACAUUAAAAACUCUUAACAUACCUGUACUUAUUCAAUGACAUUGCACCGCCUCAGUUGUCUAGUGGUAGAGCGUCCGCCCGGAGAGCGGAAGGUCCGGGGUUCAAUCCCCGGCCGCGUCAUACCAAAAGACGUUAAAAGAUGGUACUUG